AUGGACAUGACACGAAUGGACGUGCAAAACAUCGGCGCUCCGGUAACUAUUCAUCCUCAAGUGCCGAUAGAGCAACAGAUACAGAUACAACAGCCACCCUCGUAUCUCCUGCAACAAUCAUCGCAGUCGUCGGCCCUCCUGGAACAGCAAAUGGCGCAGGCGCAGACAUCGCAGUUGCUCUUGCAACAGCAGCAGCAGCAGCAGCAGCAGCAACAACAGCAACAGCAGCAACAGAUGCAACAGAUGCAACAGCUGCAACAACUACAGCAGCUAGAGGCGCAGAGAUCCGCACAGCUCCAGCAAAUGCAACAAGGUCAACAGCUUCAACAGUUCCAGAACCAGCAGUGCCAGCAAAUGCAACAGUACUCGCAGUACCCUCAGUACUCCCAGUACCCUCAGGCAUCGAUGCAAAUGAGUCCCAAUCUAUCAGCGCCCAUGAUGCCACCUCAAGGAGUAGGCACGCGAGGCUCGCCGCGAGUUCAAGUGGAUGUGUCCACCAGCGGAUCAGCCUCAGCCGAGUCUGGGGGAAUUGGAAUCGUGCACGGUCGGAUUAGAAGGUUGCGUCGUGGUGGUUAUGGAAGCCCGCCGCUAAGGUUUCCCGCACCUGGUUACGGGACACCGCCACCGAGAAGUUAUAGCAGCCCUUCACCGAUGCCUGGUUACGGAACUCCGCCUCCGAGGCCACCUAUUUUGCGCCGCAGAGCACCGUCUCCCAUGGCUCAGUACCCACAGGCACCGAUGCCACCUUCGCCUACGCCAUCGUUUUCGUAUACGUCCCCGCCGUCACCUACGUUUAUGCCCCGUCGCAGAGCAUCGCCUCCCAUGGCGCAGUAUCCGCAACCGGUUCAAUCGCCUUCAUUUACGGCUCCACAGUCGCCUUCGUUUACGGCCCCGCCGUCGCCGCCUCCGCCGCACUACCACCCGGUAUACAAGUCACCUUCCGAUCCACUACAAACAUACUUGCCUCCCGCCAUGCGUCGCCCACGUUCCCCACCACCUGCGCCCCCAGCAACGCCCGCCAACGCUAAUUUCAACCCGCUCCAGGCGACCGUGUCGGUGUCUUCGUACCGUAUUCGGCGGCCCCACCGAGUGUCUUCAAUGCCGUCGUACCCAAUGAUGUGUUCUAGUGGUUCCAUGAUGGCGUCACCCCCAGCAUCACCCAUGCCUCCCAUGUCGCCCAUGUCGUCACCCAUGCAAUCUCCUUAUCAAUCUCCUUAUCAAUCUCCCUAUCAAUCUCCCUAUCAAUCUCCGAUGCAUUCCCCCAUGGUUUCUCCGUCACCGUCUAUGAUGAUGCCUCCCAUGAUGCCUUCACCGUCCCUUUCCAUGAUGCCUCACAUGAGGCCAUCGCCGUCGGCUUCAAUGAUGUAUCCCAUGCAGAUGCCGUCUCCCGUACAAUCCAUAGUCAUGCAACCCCCUCCUCCGCCGCCGAUGCCGUCCCCUUCGUUCAUUCCCUAUCCGAUGCCUAGCCCCGUAAUGCCAUCGCCAUCGCCUUCGAUUACGGUUAACACUAUGGCACCUCCGGUGAUGCCGUCGCCUCCCGUCAUCGUCAUGCAACCGCCGCCGCCGCCUCCUGUGCCCAGCCCCAUGAUGUUACCACCAAUGCAGUCGCCCAUGAUGCAACCACCGAUGAUGCAAUCUCCGAUGAUGCAAUCGCCGAUGAUGCAAUCGCCGAUGAUGUCGCCGAUGAUGAUGGGACCUAUGAUGGGGCCGCAGAUGAUGGGACCCCAAAUGAUGGGACCACAGAUGAUGGGGCCAAUGAUGGGACCCCAGAUGAUGGGCUCUAUGAUGCCCUGUCCGCAGCCUUCCAAGUCCAACUCGGAGAAGGUGUUCUGCAAGAUCGAGCGCUACGGCGGUUCGGGGUCCGGUAGCGACGAUGACUACUACGAAGGCGGGGAUGGUUACCGCCGAAGGGGCAGGCGACGCAGCCGGGGCAAGCGCAGGCGCUCGCGACGCAGCUCGUAUUCGCCCACCGAGUCGAGCAUGCCGCAAAACGCGUCGCUUUACAGUGUGCCCUCGGCGCCGGCCUUCCUGGGACCCAUGACGCCCAUGCAGCAGCAGCAGCAGCAAGUCUACCAGAUGCAGCCGAUGAUGGGCACGCCGCAGCGCGCGGCACCCACGGCGGGCCUGGCGGCUUCUGCACCGCAGCCGCCGUACAUCACCGACAUCUCCAACGACCACCGAGACCUCGACGCCAUCGAGAAGGCCAUGAAGAAGAUGUACAUAGAACGGUACCCGAGCGAGAACGAGAGGCAGUCGCUGUUCCCCGAGCGUUCCCUGAUCAUCAUUCUGGCUCUCAUCUUUAUAUUCGUCAUCGUGGUCGUCGUGAUCGCCGUCAUGGGCUCUUCGCGUCCCGGGUUCCUGCACCCUGCGACGCAGCCCCUACCGACGAUGAAGACCGAGGCCCCGCCCACUACCGCCGCCGCCUCGACCACAGCAGCAGCGGCCAAGACGACGGGAAACCGGCGCGGCAGCCGCAAACAGGGCCCGCCGCCACGCCAGGCGCCUGUAAGCGCCGACUGCGUCGCGCCGAGCUACGAGAAGCGCCGCGGUGCUGCGCAGAAUGCGCAAGAGGUGACCAUGAGUGAAGCGUUCUCUAAGGAUCCGCCACCGGGCGGAGGCACUGGCUCCCGGGGGCAACCGCCACCCGGCGUGCCAGUGCCGGAACAGCCCGAAGACAACCGAGAACCACCGCUUCAGCAGACUUCCUCUGAAGCAACGAAUGGAAGAGUUGCCGAUCAAGAGGAUAAUCAAGAAGCGGCGUCAUCGACCGAGCAGCGGCCGCAGCCUGAUGUCGUCCAGUUCACCAGGCGUUUCGACGACUACCGGGUGGAGCAACACCUGUCGCGCGACGAUGUGGUCGACAGGGACGGCCGCCGGCCCAUCAGGUCCGCCAGCCUCGGCAUGGGCACUGUGUCCAUCAUACGGUACACCAUGUCCAGAACGGUGCCCUCGCAGGUGGAGCCCGGAGACUUGCCGGUGAUGGGCUCUGAUGCAGCGGGAGAAGUUUCCACGGGUGGUGGGCGUGCGACCGACGCCGCUACCACGAGCACCGGUGGCGCGUCCACGGGCCCGCGACCGCAGCACGUCAACAUCGUGGUCAUGCUCAACCCGACCACCUCCGGCGCUGGGAAGAGCAAGUCCGGCACCUCCACACAGUCGUCGCCAAGAAAAUUUACAAUUCCUGUGCCGCGCACAAAAUCUUCGUUCGAAGUCGGCUCUGCGGACAGGAGCAAGAAGCCCGAGCUCAAUAGCAGCGGGGGCGCCAGGAGGUCCCGCUCUGUCAACCUCGAACACAUCAAGGAACAGGACGUCGCUGAGCUCGUGCGCUUUCUGAACGCCGCGUUUGCGGCGCAGAGAACGGACUCGACAACAAUGCUCUCUCCAUCCACGUCUUCCCUGGCCAGUGGUCGAGGAACCAUUCGGUUUGACGCAGACGACGGAACCGGCGGCCGGCCACCGAUGCCAAAGCCCGACACACGUGAGGAAGCCGUCCAGGCGGAGCAGCCACCAAAGCCCGUACGUGCGACCGGCUCGCAGACGGAAGGAUCAGUACCGGGUGGAGCUAUUUUGGAAAUGCCCCAGCAACUGGCAGGCGAAAUGGCGAGAGGUCGAACUGAGAGGCUCUACUUGCUGAGCGAAGAGCAGGUCAGGCAAGCGUUUGGCAGUGAUGACGUAAUUGUGCGGUUCCCUCACAUGGACGUGCCACUGCGGCGAGCGAGCUCCGAUCGCGGAAGGGGAGGUACAGGUUCAACGGAAGACAGCGGAGGCAAAGCAGAGAUACCCAGCUGGCUGCAAGAGUUCUUCACCAAACGUGACGGCACUGUGGCCGCUAAGUCUCGCCGCUCCCUGGAUGAGCAAGGUCCAGUGGCCGCGAUCAUCGAGGAAGCAGAAAUAUCUCAAACAGUAGGAGUCGAAUCGUAUCAACCAAAAUUUACAGAAAGCGCCCUCGUCGAGGUUCAGGAGGAAGCACCCGACAGUACCGUACUUAUGGAGCGGGCAACGCCGCUGGAGAUGCAGCUAUCGCCAGCGGAAAUCGGUAAAGAAAAGAAAGAGUCACCUGGAGGUCCUUUUCAGGGAACUUGGGAGCCAGAAAUUGAAGACACAAAGAAGUUGACCGACAAAAAACUGGAAGAACAACGACCGCGAGAUGACGCGUCGGUGAUUGACGCUGUCGGGAGAGAAGCUAAGACAAUGCCUGAUUCGGCGCAAAAACCGGCCGAAGUGCCCCAUGUUGAAGCGAGGGUCUGGACAGCUGAUGCUGAAGCAGUACUCGAGGAGUCGGCUUCGGAGGAGGAUGAAGUUCUUGAACCUGAGGUAAAGAAGGGAAUGCGUAGGCGCCCAAAGAAAGCAUCAAAAGCUAUGGCUCUUGUAGUUUUACGUACGCCUGACGACACAGCAUCGAGCCCACGGGAUGCUGUAGACGUUACUAUGAAGGACAGCUUGGAGAAACAGCCUGCGAUUGAAGGAACUAUUGCUCCGCCACUUCCACAGCAAGAAUACCCGGUAAUCGCUUAUCAUGCGCCUAAGUCCACAGAAUUGGCAGCAGAGAAGCCCGACGUGGAGCCUACUGACAGAAAGAAGCGUGAGGAAAAGCCGCUGCCAGAAUCAGCAAGGGCUGAUGCAACAGCAGCUGCAAUGGGAGCUCCCGAAGAAACAUGCACAGAAAUUAUAGAAUACAAUAUUGCUGAAGAAACUGCUACAGAGAAAUUGGACGUGGCAGAAACCGUUGAAAAAAUAUCAGGAGAAGCCCGCCAAGAAUUUACGGAAGGAUUCCCGAUACAGAGGCUAGAAGGAACCCAGCAUGAACUCACACCGGCUGAUGUGUGGCCAGAGUACGGCAAAGAAGCGAGGGCGGAGGAAGGUGACCAAGAGUCCGCUCCUCCAAAGCCAAUGCCAACGGAGGCGGCUUUAAGUGGAGAGGUGCCAGCCAUAACAGAAGUACCGACGGAGCGCCAACCACCUGCGAUUGAGCUCGUCCCACUAGAAGAGGUACCUGCCGUUGAGUGGAAGCCUAGCGCCGAGGAGCUUUUGCCCCUAGUGGCUCCUCCAAAAGUUAAAGCCGCAGAACGUCAGGUUCCAGAAGUAGCACCGUUAGAAAAGCCGUUAGCAGAACAUUUACCUUCGCUCGAGCUUGUCUCAACGGAAGAAGUUCCACAGAUUGAGUGGAAACCAGCGAGUGUCGAGCAACUUUCAGAAAUUUGUCCACCGAAGUUUGUGGAAGAAGAAGCGCGAGCAGCUCUGGAGACUCCAAUUACACUAAAAGAGGUCGAACCAAUGCUUACAAUUCGGCGCACGACUUCGGAAGAACCACCGCAGCUCGAGGGAGUGUCAGGCACUGCUGAAAUGUCGGAGUUUUCCGGAUGUCCUACGAUGGAGUUUCUGCUCGCACAAAUCCCAGGCUUGGAGAAGGCUCCAGUUCGCCAAGCACUAUCCGGCGAAUUUAUUACGUCUGAGGGAACGCCGUCGAUAGAAUAUCUACCACUUUACCCGAAAGCUACACAGCUAACAGGUGAAACCCUCGAAAGAGCUCCUCCAAAGCGUAAAAGAUCAGCUCAGUUUGCUGGAUCGGAAGAAACGCCAUCAAUUGAAUGGAAAGCUAGCUUCGCAGAGCCCCCAGACUCCUUGGCGCCGGAGUGGUUGCUGCCAGAACAAGGACCUAACCGAGUCUCAAUCACCAGGAAGCCUCAACCGAGGAGAAAAACGUCCGGCGACCUGUUUGGUUCCGAAAAGACGCCAUCGAUAGAAUGGAAGACGAGCCUUGGAGAAUCGUCAGACACCAGAGCUUCGUCCAGGGGACCGCCGGAGGCCGCAGGUCAAAUGAUUCCGGCGGUUCAAACACACCCUGUACGAUCUGUAGCGUCAGGCGAGCUCAUAGAAUCUAAAACAUUAUCGCUUGAAUGGAGCGCUGGCGCAGAGGCACCGUCAGGGCAUCUGCCGUCAGAGGUAACCGACGCAGAGCAGAGAUUACGAGAUCGUGAAGCAAGGGAAGCUUUAGUGUCCGAAGAAACGGCAUCGAUUGAAUGGAAACCAAGUGGUAAAAAGGAAACUGAGUCCCUUACUGACAAAUGGGCAACUCUAAGGGCACCCAAUCAAGUCAUUGCAGCUACUGAAUAUGUUCCACAGGAAGUACCGUCGCCUGAGUUCAGUGAACAUCGAUUACCGAUUGAGUCAGAUCAAUGUAUAAAAGAAUCAUCGUCAGAAGCGCAUGUUAUUCCGUCUUAUGAAAAGAUUGACAUCAAGCAAGAAGCGCCAGGAGGGCUUAUUGAACUUCAACAAAUAUCUUCUUCUGAAUGGAAGCCUGAUAUUGAAGAACAUUCAGCACUUGUUGCCCUUCUAGAUACAGAAAAAGGAUCACCUAAACUCGGUUCAUAUGAUGCAUUUGAAUGCGAGAAGUCAUCUACAACAGAGCCGGAACUGAAAACAAGUGAGUUACCACAACUAACGCAACUCACAAUUAUGCAGCCCCAGACUGAAGAGUACAGAAAAAGCGCAUUAAGUGAGCAAGAAUCAUCAGUAGAAGUGUCCUCGAUUAAUACUUUUCCAGACACACAACCACAGAUUGCGGCGCUCAGCAUCACUACAGCUGAACCAAAAGAGGUGGUACCACUUGCCAUGGCCACCGCGGUUGAAGAGCCCCUCAUUAGGCCAAUAUUAGAAGAGGGCCUUCAAAGAAAAGAAGUACAGCCAGAAAGGUUAGGAGGCCCAUUCCUCGUACCAGAAGAGCAAGAGGUGAAACUGGUCGUGCCACUUGAAGAAACUCGUGAACUCGUCUCUGAAACAUCGGAGCAGGUAAAAGUUACCGCAGCAGCAACGGCGCCAGUUGAUGAAAUAUCCCCGAUUCAAGUGAGACCGGGCGAGGAGCGCCCUCCAGAAAAGGCACUACAAGAAAUCUCAGAGACAUCGUCCUUGCAGCCUUGCACCGCUGCCCGAUCGUCUGAGUUACCCGCUAUUGAGUUCAAGCCAGAAAGGAAGCCAUCUCUAGAUAAAGCAGUACCACCAAGAGGCUUACCAGAACCUUCUCUCGAACCGCAAGCAUCAACGCCACAAUCAAUAGGAAGGCUUGUUCAAGGAAUGCAUGAGCGACGUGCCGAAGAAACAGUUGAAGAAGGAGAAGUUUUAGCUAUCACCGCGGCCCCAUAUCUUGAACUACCUUCCAUUGAGCCAGAAGAAAAGAAACGCCCUCCCAAAAAGCCAUCGGAAACGCCAGUAGCACCUUUUAUUGUGCCAAAAGCAGAAAAGGCGGAGCUAUUCGGGUUUGCUGAAGAAUCAAGGCGGGAAGAAAGGCUGGCGUCUGAGACAACAUCAUUCCGGCCAGCUGGUGAACUAUCCGCGAUUCAGCAAAUCGCACAAGAAGAGCGCCCUAUGGAGAAGAAAAUAACACCCGAAAUAUUGAAAGGACCAUUCUUCGAGGGCGCCUUUGCCGAAGCAGCAGCAGAGGAAAUAAUGCCAGGUCUGAAAAUAGCACCGGCUUCUUCCGCUCUAGCUAGUGUACAGCUGAUAUCAUGCAAGGACGAAGAGGUAAUGGUCGAGAAGCUUGCUCUUCCCGAGGCAGAGGAGCAGAAGGCCCUUAUUGAAACACUUACCGAUGGAAAAGUGUCAGUUACUGAGACGUCGCCCGUAUCCGUCUCUGGGCCGAUCGACAAGUUUGUGCGUAGCGAAACGGAAGAGGAGCAAUUCGAACAGCUUGCUCUUCCCGAGGUGCACGAACAGGGCGCCGUUGCCGAAGCACUCGUAGAGCAAAAAGAACCCGUUAGCAGAAUGGCAGUGGGUAACACUGAAGAGGCGUUUGAGCCGUUGGCGCACAGUGAAAUGGAAGCAGUGCAAGACGUCGCAGUUAUUCUUCCCGAGGUGCAGGAACAAGAACCCUUACCUCGAGCGACCACAGAGGAAAACGUUUCAGUCAUAGAAACGGCACCAGUCUUGAGUGAAGAUACGGUCCAGCGGCCGGAGAUCAUGAAAGAAGUGACGGGCGAAGAACUUGGUUUUCUGGAAAUAAAGAAACAGGAAGCCUUUAUGGAAGAAACUGCCGAGAAAAUACCACCGCUUAAACUAUCCCCGGGAUUAGCUGAUGUGACAGAGGUUCCGAUGACAUACAAGGCCAAAGAGCAGCCACCUGUCGCAGAAGUCAUACUUCUAGAAGAGCAGCCAGGCAUAGUCCUCGCUGAAGCAUCUGUCGAGGAAGGAGCUCCAUAUGUUGAAAUUCCACCGACAUUCGCUGUACCCGCAUUGAAGCCGCCACCACUUAAGGAAGAGGAGCCGGUCGAGGAGCUCCUCCUCCCAGAGGUGCAGGAACAAGAAGCUCUAUCCGAAGCAACUGCAAAAGAGGCAAGUUUUAUUGUAGAAACGGCCGCGGCAUUUUCUCAAGUGAAGGCAGAGCCAACAACUCACAGAGGAGAGGAGGAGACGCUCGUCGAAGAACUUAUUUCAGAGGUGCAAGAACAGGAUGCACUUACCGGAAUAUCGGCAAAAGAUAGGCUGCCAGAAGCUGCAAUUGCACCUUUAGCCACUGAGAAAGCAGCUGAGCCGUCACUGCCCAACCAAGUGGAAGAUGCGAAAGGUAUCGAAACUGUUCUACCCGAUGUGGAGGAACAAAAGCGUCUAACUGAAGUACUCCCGACAGAAAGUGUGCCGACUGUAGGAAUGACACCAGUAUCCGCUAUAGCUGCGACCGAGCCGCAGGUUGGCAAGACAAAAGAAGAGCUGGCCGAAGAACUUUUCCCAGAGGUACUAGAAGAGGAAGCCAUCAAAGAGACACCCGUCGAGGAAGGAGUACCCCUGCAUGAACAUGUGUAUGUAUCACCUGAAUUGGUGGUCGAGCCGGCGCCACGAAAAGAACAUAAAGAACCUCUGAUCGAAGAAGUCCUUCUUCCAGAAGUCCAGAUAAUGAAGGUGCUGCCGGCAGAAAUGGCGCAAAAGCGUAUUUUUCCGGAGAAAAUGGCACCGGUAGCAGCUCUGCCGACUUCGAAACUGGUGACAGACAAGAAAGACACUCUAAUGAAAGAGCUAUCUCAGUUUGGGGAGCAAGUAACGUCUACCGAAGCAGCCACACAAGCAGUGCGUUCCACAGUAACAUUAGCGCCAGCACCAAUUGAAAGUGCGGUCGGCCUAACAGCAAGCACUGAGAAAGAAAAAGCUCCCAUAGAAGAAAUUGUCCUUCCAGAAGUUCAGGGGGAGGUGACCCUGGUUCAAACACAAGACCAGAAAAAAACUUUAGUUGCUGCAGCGUCGACUGCGUCUAGCGAGGUGAAGGUUAAGCCGUUGGCAUCCAAGGAAGUCGAAAAGGCACUGUUAAAAGACAUAUUUCCUGAAGUUCAAGAACAAGAACCUCUACCAGAAGCAAUGGCAGAGGAAAUAGUCCCAGUUAAAGAACCAGCCCCAGUGUCCGCGAAAGCUGCCCUUGAGCGGCUGGUACAGGAUGAAAAAGUCGAGGCGAUUCCCGAAGAACUUGUUCUUCCCGAAGUGCAUGAACAGGACGCACUUGAGGUUGUCCCUGCCGAGGAAAAGCUGCCACUCGAGCCAUCACGAAAAAAGUUGAUUCUGGAAGUGCAGGAACAGAUAUCCCUGCCUGAAGCAAUCGCAGAAAAGGGAUUAGCAGUUACUGAAGCAGCACCGGUAUCUAUCGAAGGUCUCCUCGUGCCGAUAGAGCGCCAAGAAAUGAUGGAGGCGGCCACAGAAGAAAUGGUCCUUCCAACGGCUCAAGAACACAAAGUUGUUCCCGAAAAAGCCCCAGAGAAGGAAGUGGCCGUUAUUUCACUUGAGCCGGUAUCUAAUGCGAUGGUAGCAGAACUGCUUGAGCAGAACCAAGGAGAGGAGGCCAUAGGCGAACAACUCGGCCUUCCCGAGGUUCAGGAAAAGGAAGCACUUGCAGAAGAGGUCGUCGUGAAAGAAGCACCUUUUGUUGAAGUGACACAAGUUCCUUCGGUACCGAGAGCCUCUGAAGCGCCAGCCAUGCCAGCACCUCAAGAGGAAAUUGAACAGGUACCAGACCUUGUAAUUCUGGAGGUGCAAGAACAGGGAUUCCUGCCAGAAGCAAUCACAGAGAAGGAAUUGGUUGUUACUGAAGCAGCACCGUUAUCUAUUGAAGGUGUCAUCGAGCCGAUAGUGCGCGAGGAAAUGGUGGUGUCGGCCACAGAAGAAAUCGUCCUUCCAACGUUGCAAGAACAGGAAGCCGUUCCCGAAAAACUGCCAGAGACGGAAGUGACCGUUAGUUCAAUUGAACCGGUACCUACUGCGAUGGUGGCAGAACUGCUUGAGCAGAAGCAAGGACAGGAGGCCAUAGGCGAAGAACUCGGCCUUCCCGAGGUUCAGGAAAAGGAAGCACUUGCAGAAGAGGUCGUCGUGAAAGAACCACCUUUUGUUGAACUGACACAAGUUCCUUCGGUACCACUAACCGCUGAAGCGCCACUCAUGCAAGCACCACAAGAGGAAAUUGAACGGGUACCAGACCUUGUAAUUCUGGAGGUGCAAGAACAGGGAUUCCUGCCAGAAGCAAUCACAGAGAAGGAAUUAAUUGUUACUGAAGCAGCACCGUUAUCUAUUGAAGGUGUCAUCGAGCCGAUAGUGCGCGAGGAAAUGGUGGUGUCGGCCACAGAAGAAAUGGUCCUUCCAACGUUGCAAGAACAGGAAGCCGUUCCCGAAAAACUGCCAGAGACGGAAGUGACUGUUAUUUCAAUUGAACCGGUACCUACUGCGAUGGUGGCAGAACUGCUUGAGCAGAAGCAAGGACAGGAGGCCAUAGGCGAAGAACUCGGCCUUCCCGAGGUUCAGGAAAAGGAAGCACUUGCAGAAGAGGUCGUCGUGAAAGAAGCACCUUUUGUUGAAGUGACACAAGUUCCUUCGGUACCGAGAGCCUCUGAAGCGCCAGCCAUGCCAGCACCUCAAGAGGAAAUUGAACAGGUACCAGACCUUGUAAUUCUGGAGGUGCAAGAACAGGGAUUCCUGCCAGAAGCAAUCACAGAGAAGGAAUUAAUUGUUACUGAAGCAGCACCGUUAUCUAUUGAAGGUGUCAUCGAGCCGAUAGUGCGCGAGGAAAUGAUGGAGGCGGCCACAGAACAACGUCUACUUCCAAUGGCGAAGGAACAGGAAGUCCACACUGAACCUCUUCUAGAGGAAGAAGUGGUGGUUGUCAAAACUGCUCCAUUAUUUACUGCAGCAGCAGCUGAAGUUCGGGCACGAAAAGAAGCAGAAGAGUCCAUUAUUGGAGAACUCCCCCUUCCCGAGGUGCAGGAACAGGAAGCCCUGACCGAGGCCCCCGCAGAUGCAGCCCCAUUUAUGGCGGUGGUAUCUGCAGAAAAGAUAGAGCCGAUGACGCUCAAGAAAACAGUAGAGGCGCCGGUAGAACUUCAACUUCCAGAAGUGCAGGAACAGGAAGCCGUUACUGAAGCGUUUACAGAGGGAAAAGUGUCGGUAACAGAAAUGGCACCUUUGUGCACAGCAGCGGUGGCUGAGCUGCUCGCACACAAGAAAGAAGAAGUAGCGAUCGGCGAAGAGCUUGUCCUCCCCGAGGUGCAAGAAAAGGAAGCAUUGACGGAAGCACCCAUUGAGGAAAGCUUGCUUGCUGAACCGUCACUUGUGGAACCCGGUGUUACGGUUCAACCAACGGUCCGCAAGGCUAAAGUUUCACUGAUCCAAGAUGUCAUCCAUCCAAAAGACAGGGUUGAAGACGUUCUCGGAGAAGCACUUGCAGAAAAAAUUUCAUUGCAGAAAAUGUCACUAAUAUGCGCUGUACCAACACCGCAACCAGUGUCACGAAAGACGGAAGCGCCAGCCAAAGAACACUUCCAUCCUGAAUUUCAGGAACAGGUAACAAUUACCACAGCACGCGUGGAGAAAGCAGUUCCAGCUAUUGAUAUGGUACCUCCAUUCACUGAAUCGGGCAUCGAGCGAAUAUCCAGCACUGAACAGACGCCAGUAGAAGACAUUGUACUGCCCCAGGUACUUGAAGAAGCUGCCAUACGCGAAGCAGCUGCAGAAAAAAUUGUUUCUGAUGCCGAAGCAGCACGCAUAAUCACAGCACCGCUGGUGCUACUGGGGUUAGAAAAAGAAAAGGCGCCCGUAGAAGAGUUCGUCCUUCCUGAAAUGCAUGAACAAAAAUCUUUUGUGGAAGCACACGCUCAAGAAAGAUUGAGGGUAGCGGAUUAACGUCAGGUAUGGAAAAGCCACAGGAAACAGCCCCGUCAGAUUUGGACUUCCGUCCAACAGAACAAGAAGGGCUCACGCAAGGCAUAACACUCCUUGAGGCUCGGGCUCAAGUAAGUUCUCCCGAAACACCUGAAGAGGUUAGGGUUCCGGCAGUCACGAUGGUACCCCUGCAUGAGCAUGGCCUUGUUCACCUGAUACCAAUAGAGGAGAAACGCUCUUUGUCAGAAGAAUCGAUCGUGCCGGAGUACCUCGUGGUACCGCCUACCUUUCCUAGUGAAGAACCUAGUGAAGGUUUCACUCCUCCAGAGCU